AUGUAUUGGCUAUGUAGCGCUGCGUUCGCGGUAACGCUGCUUUCUAAUCUGUUGGCCGGAACCUUCGGUCAAGAGGAAGAGACCGUCACCAGGAGCCUGGAAUCGGAUAUUGAAGACGUCUUGGGUCUCUUGAUGAAAAAUAUCCUGCCGAUAGUCUCUGGUUUGGCGUUUAGUCCGAAACUUGGCUCGGCGUGCUCUUCGGACUUAUUCAAGAUCAUCAGCGCCGUUCAAAAGAGAGAUCCCUGGGUCAUAAGAAUGAUCUUAUCCAACGGCUUGCUGCCUAGCAAUCUUCUGGAAGGCAGCUUGCUCAGCCUCGGCGGAUAUGAACAGUGCCUCAAGACAAGAAUGUACGGCAGUGAUGGUGAACUCCGAUUCAAGGGACAGUACUGCACAGUCUUUAUUGAACCUCGGCAGUCAAUGUUGGAAUCGUUCGUCCACCACUUCCAAGCAGCCGGGGAAUUAUUGGGAAGGUUCGACCCAAUAAAAAUUACAACCGACACGAAUCUCGCAAAGAAAGCCUUAAGAUUGGGUACCUGUACACCCUCUUCCUGCAGUGCGGAGGAGAUACACUUGCUCGCAAAUGGACUAUUAAGAAUCUACGGAACAAAUGCCACCGUAAAAGGUUGCAGGACAGAUGACCCUAAGCGGGUUACAUUUCUUCAGCUUGUGUCUAUAGCCAACUUAGAAGAGUAUAUGUUGGGUGCUUUUUUCGGGCCUCUGAAGUUGGUGCUGAUAUUUUCGGCCAUCAACAACACGCGACGUCUGCUUCGAACGGAAACGAGAGCCGACAACAAACCCAUACUCUUCCUCAGCGGUGUCAAAGUCUUGCUCAUACUUUGGGUAAUAUACGGACACGUCUACGUGGUUGUUCAGCCGGAAUUCACCAGAAGUCCUUUUUUUAUGCUAGAGCUGACCAACAAGGUUUUGUUCCAAGUCGUCGUCAACGCUCUACUUAGUGUUUCCACAUUUCUCUUUCUCAGUGGAUUUGUUACAACCUUCCUGAUGCUUGGCCACCGAGACUUACUCAAGAAACGAUUUUUGAUUCCUGUAUACGUGAUUGGUGCUCUUCGGCGAUAUUUCAGACUAACGCUCCCCAUCGUGGUCGUGGUGCUGGCGGCUUUCCUGUUGCCCCUCCUGGCGGACGGUCCCGCAGACCAGGAACUGAUGGCGCAGCAAGUUGGCUCUUGCGCCGACAGAUGGUGGACCGUGCUCUUGCACUACAACAACUUCAACGCUAUACACGAAAUGUGCCUCAUUCAUCUUUGGUACGUGAGCACGGAUAUGCAGAUUUUCAUGGUCGUCGCUUUCCCACUCACACUUUUAUUCAUCAGGUAUCCAAAAUUUGCCCUCCUGGUUUCUGGUAUUCUUAUGCUGGGCUUCUCAAUUAUGACGUCCCUACAGACACAUUCCUGGCACCUUCUGUAUUCGGGCACUUCUGGAACAAAUGAUGGAGUACGAAUCUUGGAAACACUACGGUACAUCUACUUUCGUCCAUUCGCUCACGUCGCGACGUACGUGCUCGGUGCCGUCACAGGCUACGUCACCAUUAACUCCGGAAAAGCCAAGAUCCACCCGAUUGUGCGGGCAGCUCUCUGGCUCAUCUCACUGGGCCUCACGACGUCCGUGAUGUUCAUCACAUUCCGGUGGAAUCGAGGCCAGUUACCGAAUGAAAUCGCCAACGCACUGUACGGCGGCUUUCACCGCUUCUUCUGGUCUCUGGGCCUGGCAUGGCCGGCCUACGCAUGUGCCACUGGACGAGGAGGAAUUUUAAACGGGUUCCUAUCCUGGACAGCGUUUAUGCCGUUGUCACGAUUAACGUAUUGCAUCUACCUAGUUCACCUCCUCUUCAUUCUUUUACGGGUCGGAAGCAUGAAGACCCACACCUAUAUCGCAGAAUAUUUUCAGGUUACUACGGCGCUGGGUGUCUUCUGCAUCAGUGUGUUCUUCGCGUACCUCUUACACCUGGGCUGCGAGGCGCCCGUGCUUCAAAUUGAGAAAUUAAUAUUCGAUAAGCCAAUGAAGUCUCUCACCACUGACAAGAAACCCCCUGUUGUCUCCGAAGUUCUCCACGAGAAGUCCCAGUUGUGA